AUGUCGCUGUCGAACAACUCAUGGACCAUGUAUCCCGUCAGCGCAUUGCCCGGUCUACUGCAUGGUAACUCUAGUACAAUAUCAAUAGACUCUCCAAAUACUUUCUUGUCAUCAAAUGGCGUGAAUAUAGUCCUUGGAAUCUAUUUCCUUUUCAUUUGCCUAAAAUUAGCGACGAAAAGGAAACCACCUAUUUCACCACCCUGCGAGAAAGUGAUUGAGGAAGCGGAGAGAACAAAUCGAGAAAAUGGACACGAAAAUGCUGGCUUCUUAUCUAAAGAAGCAGCAUUCUCUCCUCUUCGCACAAUGAAAUCAUUCCCAUCUUCUCAUGCAGCAUGGGAUCAACUUGCUGUCGAUCUACCACGCCUGGUUCAAACACAGACUCUGCGAGAGACUGUGACCAAGAUUCCCCUCCUUGAUGCAUCCGCCGAUGCCUUGCCCGAAAUCUAUCUCCAACGUGCAGCUACCAUCUUAGGGAUGACUGCUCACGCGUUUGUUCGCAUGGAAGGAAGCGAGCCUCUUACAUUAAAAUACGACCAACAUAGCGACAUUCUUCCACAAGCCCUUGAGAUCCCAUGGACCAUUGUCUGUGAGCGCCUUGGGCGAUCCGCCCCUUCUCUCACUUACGUUGAUGGGGUUGUGUCAAAUUUCACGUCUACUAGCUCGUUACACAGCGAUGUGACCAUUGAAAAUUUACAAUUGCUUGUUCCGACGGUCGGCAAUAAGGAAGAGCGCAUGUUCAUUGGUAUAAUGGUUGAAAUCAACGCCAAAACCAUCCCCGUUCUUCAUCAAAUUAUAGAGGCGCAACGAUGCGUCCUGGCUCAUGAUUCCUCUGCACUCAAAGACGCUAUAAGAAAUCUUCAUUCGCACUUGAAAGAUGUCACCAAGAUCCUCUAUAAGCUCAAUGCAAACCGAGCCCACAAGUCUCACAUUGAUCCCGUCUUAUGGACGCUCACCGUUGCGAAUUUGGGAAUUCCUUGGGUGAACGGUGCGGUCGGAGCGGCAGGCACAGCUCAUCCCUUCUUCCACAUGAUGGAUGAAUUCACUGGACGGUUUCAAUACAGCACGGGUAUCGGCAAAGAAGCGCAAAUUGUUCGAUCCACCUAUCCUGUUCAUUGGCGUCAGUUUCUCAAGGCAAUCAAGGAAGUGUCCGUCACGGAGUACGUGGACGCCUCAAAGGAUGCAGAAUUAGUCGACCUCUGGAAGACUUUUACAUCCUCAUAUAGCGGCAACGACGGUCUACUAGGAUUCCACAGACGAAAGGUAUUUGGUUUUCUCGCCGUCUCGUUCAGGAUUGGCCGAAGCACAACCAUCAAUGGGCUGGGUCGGAAGCGCAAAGCCGAGCCUUGGCAAGAGGCCGAUCAAGCAUUAGAAAGCGCCCGUCUGGAACGCAAGUGUCUCGACACUGAUGAACAUAACCCGGAAAAUGAACCAAGCUUAGACAAAUUGUUUGUGUCCCAGCUCAUCAAACAUAACUCGGAAGAAACCGGUUAUUGGUUUUCAGCCCAGGGAAGUGUUUACGAUGCAAGCACAUUCAUGCAGAAACAUCCAGGAGGCGAUACUGUGAUUGCAUUGUGUAGUGGUCAAGACAUUACGGAUAGCCUAAAGGCCGUCGGUCAUUUGACGAACCCCGCAACCCGCAGCAAACUGGAAACAUAUCGAAUUGGUACAUUGGAAAAACCACAAUUCGAUUCUCCGCAAGCAGAAGAACUUUACAUGGCCACCGUUGAGCUCGGUCAAAAAGCCGCUGAGAUGGAGAAUGUUCAUCGGAGAAAUUUCCAGCUUUUGGAUGGUAAACUUACUCAUCUGGAUGAACCGGAGGUUCUCACGCCUAAGAAGGCACGCCACUUACUCGAUGCCAAGAACAGGCUUCAAGAUGAACAUGUGCCCUCAUUGGCGAGGCUUCUAAAUGAUCUAUUGGAUAUCAUUGUCAAGUCGGAUGUGGAGCUUGAUGUGGCCACUAUUUAUGCUCAAACAGCCGCCCUCGUUGCGUCGGAAGUAGAAACUGGUACCGCAACCCGGUUUUCGGCCUACGAGACGGCAUCGUAUACGCUGCAGAGAGAUUUGCGUCACUUGACCGAAUUGAAAGAGCUUGUGUCAAUGGUGCUUGGAGUCUUUGAAGAUCCCGGAUUUUCAAUUUCCAACGCAAGUCGCUUUGAAUCCAUUGGGGAGACACUAAAUGAAGCGGCAGGUCGACUAGUAGCGCUCGCCGGAAAAUGA